UCGAUAGGUUUAUUAGCGGCAAUUGCACCACCAAAGAUGACGAAGCUAAGCUGUAACCCCGUUCUUGGCUUGUCUGUCUCAGGGAGACCACGGCCAGAUGCGUUCUCGUUCACUCCACUCGACAGCGCUGCUUCCAAGGGACGGACCGAUGUACUGAAAUCGUUGCUUCGCUGUUACGACGUCAACUACAUCAGUAACGGCAAGAUCGCUCCUCUAGACCAUGCUGGUCUUGGAGGGCACGAGGAUGCAGUGCGCGUGCUGCUGCAGGCUGGAGCGCGUUACGACCUCCUGACUGGAGGUGUCGACAGGAAGAUGGGACCGCAGAGCCCUCUCUACCACGCGGCGACCAGCGGUAGCGCUGCCACCGUGGGGCUCUUCCUGCAGCCGCCGCCGCCACUCCUCCCGCAGCCCUCAGACACCGACUGCUGGGUCGCUCUCGAUCACGCCGGGUUCCUCGGGCACGUGGACGUGGCCCGCGCCCUCAUCGACAAGCUACACGGGCACAGGCGUGGUGCGGCGAUAGACUGUGACGUUGGACAUGAAGCUGCAUUGGGCAUAGCUAAAGGGGGGAGCGUCGAAGUAGCCUCCGCGCUACUGGACUGGUGGCCGGAGGCUGUGAACCUCAGGAUAUCCAUUGAGGACGGUGCAAUGCUCCACACUGCCGCGAUGUACGGUCACGUUGAACUGGUGAAGCUUCUGCUGGGUCGUGGGGCCGACCUGCUGCAGAGGAAUAGGAAGUCAUGGACCGCACUUCACAAUGCGGCGGCGGGUGGAAACGUAGAGGUGAUCAACGCGCUCUGGGAGCACGAGCACACACAGCGAAGCAGCACCUACAGGAAGCUGAAGCUGCACAAUCUGUGGAAUGGUUUGGGGGAGCGUACGUCGGCACUGUGUGUGGCCGCAAUCUACGGCCAGCUGGAGGCCGCGAAGCGACUGGUGGAUCUGGGCGCGGACAUGAACACAUGGAAGCUGAUCAGCGCUCAUGAAACGCCUCUGUACUUCGCUGCACGGGAAGGCCACGCACCGGUGGUGGAGUGGCUGAUCGCGCAGGGCGCCCGCCUGCACGGUGAAGAGGCCGCCGACACGCCGCUGCACGCGGCCGCAGAGAACGGCCGCCUGGCCGUGGUGCAGGUGCUUCUGCCGGCACUGAAUAAGCUGAAGAAGGGCGAAGCGCCCAAGCGCCUAGCGCUGCUGCAGCACCUCAGCAGCCACGGGUACACCGAGGGGGAAAUCACUUGGGUCCGUAGCGUACGGGCUAUUUCUGGUAUUUCUGCUGCUAUUUCAGUUAUUUCUCGCCUAUUUCGGAUUAUUUCAGGGUAUUUCGCGGUAUUUCUUUGUAUUUCAGGAGUAUUUCGCGACUAUUUCACCGACUAUUUUGCGUCUAUUUCGGGAUUAUUUCGCUCUAUUUUGCCUUUAUUUCGAAUUAUUUCGCAAGUGAUUUUCCCCUCGAGGCACACGGCCUUGCAUCUAGCUGCCACGUCGGGCUCGCUGUGGGUGGUGAGGCACCUCCUCACGCGGGAGGUGCAGCUGCUGGAGAAGCACUACAAGAACAGACUCAAGGCGGGGAAGUCUCCGGUAUGGGGGGACUUCACCGUGUACAGGCGGUGCUGGCAGGACUGGACACCUCUGGGUUUCUGCGCUAUGAGCGAGGCCCCGUCCGCCGUGUUCCGGGCGCUGCUCGGGCACAUGGAGGACGAGCGGGUGAUGGCGCUCGGCGGCGAGGACGCCCAGACGGUGCGGGAGAUGGUGCAGGAGGUCCUGGACGGGAUUGCGCAGCGGAAGCUUCCCUGGAAGAGAGUGAUUAAAGAACUGAAUGCGUCCCUCGCUCGGCUGCGACGGUGGGAGGCGUUGCGGUACCUCUUGAAGUCCAUCGGCUCGGAAGACGUGACCGAUCAACCUAUCACUCUGCCGAAUAAGGCGCCCCAGGACUCUGAGGACUCUAUUGCACCAGUCUUCCUCAUCCCUGGUAUAGAAGGUAUGGCCGUCAUGCUCCAGUCGCUGUGCGAGUACAUCAAGGCGCCCACACUGGUCCUUCAGCUGCCCUACACCGACGAGAAGAGCACGACGAUCCAGGACUUCGCCCGGUCGGUGUACAAACACAUCAAGUCCCACCUCGCGCCCAAGGCCUCCUUCAAACUGGUGGGCUACUCGUUCGGCGGCAUGGUGUCCACGGAGCUGGUGCGCCUCCUCGAGCAGGACGGCCACGUGGGCGAGCUGGUGCUGCUGGACGGCGCGCCCGCCGGUAUGCAGGAGCUCACCAAGGUCUGGAUCAAGGAGGACGGCAACACCACAGAGCUGGAGAUGGAUGUCCUAGUCCGACUGUGGUUCCUGACCAAUCAGUCAGACUUCGACAACUUUAGAUGUCCUUUGGAGACACAAGAUCGCCUGUGCAAGGAAUCCUCCUUGGAAAGGCGACUGAGGCAAAUCAUCCCCAAGAAAAGCAAGACUGCUGCGCACAGCAAGAAGGGCAUGGCGGCCGCCUUCAGGUCCUUCGUCAACCGGAUAGUGGCCGUCAACAACUACCGACCCCCGUCAUCGGCGAAAAAGCUUCGAUCCACCGUCACCCUCAUCAGGCCGACGAGCCAGACAUUCAAGCACGACCAGGAAGACUGCGGCCUUACCGACCUGUUUGCACAGGACACCAUCCCCGUGCACUUUGUUGAGGGCGACCACAACACGAUGCUGGACAACGUGGAGACGGCCGCCAUCAUCAACGCAGUCCUGGUGGAGGGCACCGCCGGAAACAAGACGUUCGGCGACAAGGUCGCGGCGGACUCCAGGCUAAGCGCCAAGUCUCAAUGAGGGGCGACCAGCGGCCACUGAGAAAGGAGGCGUCGAAACGACACCGCUUCGACGUCUCGUCAACGUGGAAACAACGUCGAUUCGGCGUCGAUUCGACAUCGUUUUAAGAACAAUUUCUCACUGGGAUGCCAGGAUUAGAAAGCAAGACUGACCGUCCAUUCCGUGAACUGUGACCAGCCCGUUAGGCUUCGGUGCUAACGGGUCUGUGUGCCAAAGAUCUGCCUGACCACGAACAAUUACCAAGUUUUGUGUCGUGAGUUUACUUUUAGUGUUCUAACCGAUUUUCAGCCAACUGAAAACCCGGUGCAGAUAAAAAAGAUAUUGUUUUCUUCUAGCUUUUAACGAGUAGCAGGGCUUUUAAAAUCGGGCCUCAAAUAUUAUGAAAUAUACCUUGCUAUUGAGUUGCAGGCUGGGAGAUCUUGUAAUAAAUUAUUUUAUGAAAUAUUCCUA